GGCAGGUAGAGAGAGGGACAGACAGGACAGGACGAAAGAGAGACAGACAGGCAGAGGAGACCACAUAGACAGAAAGAGUGCAAUACAUUUAAGGAAGUAAGAAAAAGACAAAAAGAAAAAGAGAAACAGCAGCACAGGAAAUCUAGCCCAGCUACCACAAUGAGGAGCCCUAAAGAGGAAACACUUGAAGAGGAUUUCUAACCCCUUCCACCACACUAAAGGAAUAUCAGCAGCAGUAUCUGGGAUAUUAAUACUCACAGCGCUGCAACAGAGAUACUACCAAGAUUACUCUACCUGGAAUGUCAGUUCUCAGAGAGCUGCAAAAUAAGUGUUAAGAAGACUACCUGGAAUAUUAAUACUUACAGGAAUAUGACAGGAGUACCUGAAAGUGUUGUAGUAACAGCACUGCAACAGGAAUACUGCAAAUAGUACCUGGAAUUCUGUGGUACUGAAAUUCUGAAAGUGCUGGAAUAUUUCCACUGGAAAACCUGCUGUGCUUAUUGGUCUUAUGGGAGUCCAGGAAGGAUCUGGGAGGGUGUGUGUAUGUGUGUAUGUACGUGUGUGUGUAUGUAUGGGUGUGUUGAAUUGUGACACACUGCAGGUCAUGGAGAGUGUGAACGUCCCAUCCAACCUCACCAUGGAGACAAACUCCUCCUCCUUCCCCUCCUCCGAUUUGUCAUCGUCCGACUACAGCGAGGCGGAGCUAGUAUUGCUAGGCAGCCUGAUGGCAUUGCUGGUCCUCGGCAUCGUCUUCGGCAACGUCCUCGUCAUCACGGCAAUUGUGCGUUUUCAACGGUUACAGACGGUGACCAACGUAUUUAUCACGUCGCUGGCGUGUGCCGACCUGGUCAUGGGUGUGGUGGUGGUACCGUUCGGGGCCUGCUACAUCCUGCUGAACAACUGGCACUUUGGCAACUUCCUGUGCGAGCUGUGGACGGCAGCGGACGUGCUGUGCGUGACGGCGAGCAUCGAGACCCUGUGCGUCAUCGCGCUGGACCGCUACCUGGCCAUCACCUCGCCUCUGCGCUACCCCUCCCUCCUCACCAAGCGCAAGGCCUGCCUGGUGGUGCUGCUGGUGUGGGCGGUGGCGGGCCUCAUCUCCUUCCUGCCUAUCCACAUGGAGUGGUGGGUGUCGAACGAGGUGGAGGCCGUGGCGUGCCUGAAGGAGCCUAGCUGCUGCGACUUCAACACCAACGCCGCUUACGCCGUCGCCUCCUCCAUCGUCUCCUUCUACCUGCCGCUGGUUGUCAUGGUGUUUGUCUACGCCCGCGUCUUCCAGGAGGCCCGCCGCCAGCUCGCCAAGAUCGGACGCAGCGAGGGUCGCUUCCACCUGGCCCACGCUGCCGCCACCGCCGCCGCUGCCUCGGCCAAUCAAAACACAGGAUCGGAGGUUGGAGAGGAGGGGGAGGGUGGAGGAGGAGAAGUGAGGAUCCUGAAGCGUUCCAAGUUCUGCCUGAGGGACCACAAGGCGCUGAAGACCCUGGGCAUCAUCAUGGGCACCUUCACGCUCUGCUGGCUGCCCUUCUUCCUGCUCAACGUGGCCGUGGCCAUAUGGAAGGUGGACGACAUCAAGAUCACCUUCAGGGUCCUCAACUGGAUCGGCUACGCCAACUCCGCCUUCAACCCCCUCAUCUACUGCCGGAGCCCCGAGUUCAGACACGCCUUCCAGGAGCUGCUGUGUCUCAGAGGAGGGGUGUGUGGGGACCAGCGGACGGGGCAAGGGGGGGGGCGAGGGGCAGGGGUGCCCUUCUUCUCCCCCAAGGCCAGAGGGAGGACAGAAAGAUAUGUGUGUGCGGGGGGAGGCUGGGGGGGGGCGUUGGAUAGACCCCAGAACAAGGAUAUUCAGGGUAGGGAGGUGGGGGUGUCUGUUGAGAGUGAGGGGGGGUCUGCUUCUAUGGAGCUUUGGCCUGGGCCUGGCCCUGACCCCGACCCUGGCCCUGGUUCUGGCCCUGACCCUGGCCCUGGCCCUGGUCUUGGUUCUGGUUCAAGGACCGGUUCUGAUCAGCAGCAAACACCAGGAGAUUCACUCAUCUGAAUUCUGUGAUACAUACCUCCGGACCUGACCCCACUGACCCCACCCGAACCCUGGUCAUCCAUGGUCCGAGCCCCACAUAACUGGACCUGUCCCUGGAUGGUAUGAGGAGUAUGGCUCCAGGAUGGAUACUUCUGGACCAGGCCUGGUCACCCUGACCAGCCCCACCAGCUCGCUUGGAUGUAAACUCUGGGAUCUAUACCCUGCCCUGGAUGGAACCUUGUUCUGCGGGGAUCUACUGUAGAGGAUCUGUGGAGGGGGAACCAAAGAGAUUCUGGGGUUCCUCCAGAUGUUCUCGUGGUCCACAAUUCAGGUUUUGGAUGGAAACCGCAGAGCACAAUCAUGUAACUGUGAAGACGGAAUGUGCACACUGGUCUGUUUUGUAUGACAGUGCCCGCAUGUGUGUGUGUGUGUGGGUGUGUGUGUGUCUAUCUGGCGCACACGCACGUGCGAGGAUAUUAGCAUGUCGGAGCACAUGUAAAACACGGGUCCUUGGGUUACGUAUGCGUGUUGUUGGACUUCACUGAAACAUGAGCCCUGGAAAGUCGUGUCUCCUCUACCUCUCUCUCUCACAUACAAACACACACACAGUUACACACACCCAUGUAUGACAUGCAGGACUGGGAUAGAAAAACGGCCCGGGACUUUGAAACGCAGACCGGCCCACGGCCGUGUAUUAUUAUAAUUUAUUUAUUUUUUGCAUUAUGCCGCGGCCGUUUGACAGGCCGUUUGGGAAAUCUCCCGACUCUCUCGACGGCCAGUCCGACACUGAUGACAUGUGCACACACUGUAGAAAAGGGCAUGACACAGAGAGAUCUGGGAGCAACUUAAAAUUCCAGACUGCAUGAAGCAGUUCAGUAUUUUCCUGUCUGCAGAAGGAAAUGGAGGGAGGGAGAGAGAGAGAGAAAUGAAGAGGGAGAGAGACAUGGAGUUACAAGGGUAAAGAAAUAAGGGGGGGGGGGGGGGGUAAAGAGACAGAUUGAAAUCAUUCUCACAGUGUCUGUAAAGCAUUACAUUGAAAAUGGAUUGCUAGAGAGAAAGAGAGAAAGAGAGCGAGGGAGAUGUGUUAAGUGAUCUCUCACACUGCCCCCCCCCCCUCCCCCAUUUAAAAUGUUUCUUAUUGAUCAAAACUGGAUUUGGGAGGUCCAAGGAGUAGAUUUACACUGUGUGUGUGUGUUUGUGUGCGAGCAUGUGUUUGUGUUAGUGUGCGUGUGUGUUUGUGUUAUUGUGUGUGUGUGUGUGUGUGUGUGUGUGUGGAAUCGCAACGUCCAGCCAGAGAAAUGGUUGAGAGGCAGCAACAGGUGCAGACACGCUAUAAUCAGCUGCUACCAAGAUUGAGCAACGAUCAGUUAUACAAUUAUAUACACACACGCGCACACACACACACACACACCAGCCACCCACUCGUCACCCUUUCAUUUGUCACUGGGUAUGUCCAUCAGGGCGUAAAAAGGCAACUUCCUUUUGCUAGCCACACACACACACUAACCAGUGUUGAUUAGAUCCAUUCAUUCUGCUGCUACACCAUCUUGGCUGGAUCACACAAAAGCAUAUCACCAACACAUAUAAAACUAAAUAUAGGGAGACCUCAACCUUCUACUCUCCUCCCCUCCUCCCCUCCCUCCCUCCCUCUUUCCCUCCCUCUUUCCCUCCCUCUUUCCCUCCCUCUUUCCCUCCCUCCCUCCCUCCCUCCCCUCCCCUAAGCUCCUCCUCUCUACUUUUCACCUCUACUCUCAGAACUGGUGCUAUUGUUGUUGCUGUUGUUGUUUUUGCUGUGGUGUUGUUCCUAUGUUUGCUGUGUCCUGUAAUGUUGAUCUUGAGUUAUCUUGUGUUUACAAACUGCAGAGAGCUGCAGAGCCCACCAGUCCAUCCAGCACAGCCAACCUGACCUAUGGUAGUCAGUGACCAGUGUGUGUCCGAGUGCAAAUGUGUGUUUGUGUGUGUCUGUGUGUGUGUGUAUGUAUGUGUGUGCGUGCGUCCAUCGUAGUGUAUCACAAGGUACUGUAUAUUAGCCUCUCUCAUGCAAGCGAGGCACUUUGAUGUUCAGUGUCAGUCGAUGUACCUGUGAACAUGGGGUCUUACAUCAACACAAUUAUUCCAGUGACAAUGGUCACCAUUUUUAAUAACAUGACACAACUGUGUGUCACGGUCAGCAGAAACAAACUGUUGUCUCUAUGUAAAUGUGUUUGAGGUCAGUCGAAUGUUUGACAUUAGCGGUUACACUUUAGAUUUUUCACAAACGUCUAAAAUUAAAAUUGUUGUUGGCCUAG